AGGCAGUAUUACUUAAAAGGCUUCAGACGCAGUUGUUUAUAUUCUGCUUCAGGAAAAACGAUGGUCAUGUAGCACUCCUUUGUGGCAUAUUGUUGAUAAUCAUGGAAAAUCCAGGCAUAUCCGAUGAACAUUCUGCAGAUGAGCAAGGCAGAGGAAGAGGCAGCACAGAAUGGGUCGCCGUAAAUGUUGCUGUAAUUGGAGAAUCAGGCUCAGGCAGAACUUCUCUCAUUAACUGCUUGAGAAGACUUGAUGACAGCUUUAAUACAAGUAGCAUAGUUAAGGAUAGUGACAACACAACUGAGCCUCUGUUAUAUCGACAUUCAGCCUACAACGACCUUCAUUUCUGGCUCUUGCCAGAAAUCCGCGUAGCUUCUGAAGCACCAGCUUACCUGAAACAAGUUCACUUUGAACAGUACCACUUCUUUAUAAUCGUUUUCCAUCAGAUCUUACACGAGAUACAUGCUACACUUGCUGCCUUACUUGAGAAAGCACAGAAGCCUGUCGUUUUCGUGAAGACAAACAUAGAUGUGGAUCUUAGAAAGGCAAAAGAGAGUACCAUGCUGGAAUAUAAUGAGGAAAUGUACAUAAAAGAGAAGAAAAAAGAGUAUUCCGACUUUCUAGGAAUGCAGGGAGUGAAUUCAUCACAGGUUUAUGUCGUUGCUAAUAUAGAAAGAAAGAAAUUUGAUCUUCCAUAUUUGCAGGCAUUUUUGGAAGAGGGCAGCAUACCAAAAUCUGUAACAAAAUCAGACAGCAUCACAAAAGAGACUGAUGAUUUCGUAAUAUUGUGCUGUGGUAGUGUAAAGUCAGAUGCUGUUUCUGAAGCAGUAGCCAGUCACCCAUCUGAAAACAUUGAUGUUUCCAUAGCCGUACUGGGGAAACCUGGCUCGGGUAAAUCUGCACUGAUUAAUGGAAUACGAGGCCUGAGUGAGGAAGACAAAGGAGCAGCUGUGAUUGGGGUUGAAGGGAAAGUGCAGGAUCCUUUGGUGUACAAGCAUCCCAUGUUUCCUGGACUUCGUCUGUAUGAAAUACAAGUGCCCGAAGAUUGUGUACCCCUUUCACAACACACUGAGCAAUGCAUCAGCAGUGCUGACAUUGUCAUGGUUGUCACUGGUGAUGGUUUUACUAGUGACUAUGCUGCCUUUGUGAAGGCGAUCCACAUCACUAACAAGAAAGUAUACUUUGUCAAGACCAAAGUUGACAAUGAGAUUCACACUUUGAAACGUAAAGAACGGUGCUUGUUUGAUCAACAGGAGGCUCUGAAGGAAAUCCAAGAACAUUGUUUAUGUGACUUGCAAGCUUUUUCCCUAGAUGACCCAAAGCUCUUUCUUUUGUCAAGCUUUGAACCAGACAAAUUUGAUUUUCAUCGGCUACUGGAUACACUUUUGCAGGAUAUUAAAGAAAGGGCUUGUUUGAACAGCUUUGACAUCAUCAGUGAUGAAGAGAUUGAAGAGAUAAGGGCUGCUUAUCACACUGGUGGACUUUCAGCAUUUGUGUCCAAGAUACAGUCCAGCCUGGAUGCCCUGCAUGAAACUAGACUAGAUAUUGCCAUUACUGGAGAACCGGGCUGUGGAAAAUCCACUUUCAUCAAUGCCCUGAGGGGGCUGGAUGAUGAAGAUGAGGCAGCAGCCAAAAUAGGUAUUACAGAAACAACAGUGGAACCAACAGAAUAUCCAUAUCUUCGAUAUCCCAACAUUAGCCUUUGGGAUCUCCCAGGUAUAGGAGCUCCAAACUUUGCAGCAGAUGCUUACCUUCAGAAAAUAAACUUUGGACAUUAUGAUUUCUUCUUUAUUCUUGCAUCAGAUUGUUUUAAGGAAAAUCAUGUGAUCCUUGCCAAAGAAAUAGAGGCAAGGGGUAAGAAUGUCUAUUUUAUACGCACAAAAAUUGACAUUGACAUACAGACAGAAAAAAGAAAAGGGGACCUGGAUGAAAUGGAUGAAAAGGAAGUGUUGGACAAGAUCAGGCAAAAUUGUAUCCAAAAGUCUGAGAAAGAAAAUUUCCACCCAGAGAUUUUUCUCUUAUCCAGUUUUGAGCUGAGUAAAUAUGAUUUCCAGCUCUUUGAAGAAACACUAGUAAAACAUCUCACAGGAUACAAAAAGCGUAUAUUCUUGAUGUCCCUGCCUAACAUUUCAAGAGAGAUAAUAUGCAAGAAGAAGGAACACCUCCAAGAAGAGGCAUGGAAGAUAGCUGCCAUUUCCAGUCUGGUUGCAGCAGUACCUAUUCCAGGCCUCUCAGUGGCUUGUGAUGUCUAUGUUUUGACUAAGUACUUGGCUGCCUACCAGGUGGCCUUUGGCCUUGAUAAUCAGUCACUUUCAAAGUUAGCUGAGAAAGUGCAGCUACCCAUCGAGGACCUCAAGGAUCAAAUAAAAAGCCCAUUUGGCAGUGAGGUAACAAAUGAACUGGUAGUGCAUCUGGUGAAAAAUGGUUCAGGUGUAGGAUUCAUCUUUGCUGAUCUUCUGUACAAAAGGUUUCCCUUCCUGGGGUCAGUCACUGCUGGGAGUAUCUCUUACAGGACCACAUAUGCUGUUCUAACUCAGUCCCUGGAUGACCUUGCUUCAGAUUCCCAGAAAGUGCUAAUGAAAGCACUUGAGAAUAAAUGAAGUGGCAGAAAAAAUACAGUUUAUACAGUGCAUGUAAAACAAUAAGCUUUUUGUGCAUAAAAAAAUCUGCCAUCCUCAGUGGAUACUGUAUUCAGAUCCAGAACUGUUUGUUUUUUAACUUCCACAUCCCUUCUAAGAGUGUUCACCUUUCAUUUAUAUAUAAACAUGCCACCUCCAUUACUAUUUAUAGAUUUUUUUUAAACAUUUAAAUGUUUUCAUUUUGUGAGUCAGAAGAGCAAUCUCAUAGACAUAUUGCAUGUCCUGAUGAGUGUUCACUGCUUUGUUUGACUAAUUAAGAGUCUCUUGAAGGGUCCACUCAUGUAAGAUUCUGUAAACUAUUGUCUCACACCAGACUUCAUAUUCACACAAGCACUAGGUACUCCUAUUUAAAACUUACCUGGUGAAAAGAUGGCAGAAUGGGUUUGGAGCAUUGGAACACAUAUAGCUUCUUCUUGUAGCAUGCUUGUUACAUAUAUAUUUUUUAACAAGUAGGCAUGCACAGUAAUCUUUUUUUUGCAGCUAAGGUUUCAGUGUUUCAUGUGCCUUCACCUCAUUACUGCAUAUGCAUAUUUCAGCAUAAGCAUGUAUGUUCUAUGAAAAUGUAUCCAAGGCCUUUGAGCAGCUUGAGCUAUGUGUUUUCCUUGGUGUACAUGUAGUUUCACUGGUAAGUACUAGGCUAGCUGUCUUUUGGCCAUUUUAGUCCUAGCCAAUUCUCCUUAGUAAGAAUUAAACCCUAUACCUCGUCUAUGAGGUAAACAUCUUAACCAUUACACUAACCCCUAACCCCUCUGUAUGACUAUGGUACUCUUCUGGUGUUUCCCAGUACACUCAAAUAUGUGUGGCUUUUACCUUGUAGUAGUGGCCCAGUAACCCUAGUUUACUUUUACAAUGUGAUCAUUUCUUUUCCAAGUGAAGACUUAAGUCCCACAGCCCUUUGCACCUGCCAGGCAAGUAAAUGCUGAUAGACAUGUUGGAUUUCCCUACUUUCCAGUUAAUCAGCUAUUCACUGAUAUGCCAGAUGAAAGCAAUGUCUAGCCCAGCAUUUAGCCUUACUAGUGUCCUAAUUUUCCAUUACUUUACAGUUCAGAGGCACUCCUGAAUAAACUUAAGAGAGAAAGAGGAGUGUGUGUGUGUGUGUGUGUGUGUGUGUGUGUGUGUGUGUGUGUGUGUGUGUGUGUGUGUG